CUUACCUGUGUAUCGCCUAUAUUAAUCUUACCUUUUAUCAUAGCCAAUGUCACUUUUCCAGGGCUGUGCUUGCUGCUCAUGAUUGUGAAAUAUUUAUUUUGACGAACAAUCGAUGCGUGAAUAUUCUUGGAAUGUACACUUUAUCGACAAAUCUUGAAUCGCACGCAUCACGUAAUCUUCUGCGUUAACUUCCUCCGAAUUAUUACAACUAUCUAUCCAUGGUUCAUUUGUUGUCCAAGAUUACGAGUGACAACGUUCGGACAAACAUUACCUCCCGUGAUCGAAGUAUAACCUUCAUGUCGUAUCUUCAUGCGUGUCCAACUGUACCGGCGACAAUGAACAUAAGUACUACGUUAAUACAACCUUCGUAAAAACGGUAUUGUUUCUCUACUUCUGCGUGCUAAAAUGCUAACGAUGAACGCUUUUUCUCCAAUUCGCAUGAAUUGUCAAAACCGCGACUUGACGUAAUAGCGAAAAAGGUCGACUCAUUUCUUAUUGAAAUACCUAUGUAGGUGCAUACAUUUUUUACAUUACAUUAUUACGCAUAAGUACGUAGAUACUUGCGUACUCUCGAGUAAGUACUUACUUGAAUUUACAUCGUGAAAACUGACUCGAUUACAGUGUACAUGGAUGUGCCGCCUUAAAGUUCAAUUUAAAACUAUUUAUAUAUCCUCCGCUUCUGUCGCUCCUCGUCAACAUCAAGUGUUUACGUAUUUCGCAACACGGAAAUAUAAGGCCGAAUAAAGUGCAAACGUAUGUUUGUGUAUAGUGUUUUUUAAACAAUUCUUCUCGAAAAGAGAAGAUUUUCGGUGAAAUUGUUCAUGUAAAAAUGUGAACCGAAGGAAGGAAAGGUCAGCAUCGAUGUAUCGCUGCGAUCGUACGCGGUAUGACAGUUUGCAGACAAACGAAUAAACGUCGUAUGCACACCACGUACCUACUUAUUCAUGUAACAUUUCUAUCCCGUUUACAAUGUCUCUCUGGAUAUUUUUUUUGUAUACGAAUAGAUGAUGCACUGUCGCGCGCGAACAUACUUGAGCCACGUGUCCAUGACGUUAUCGUUGUCCUUUGAAUUCAUGCGCGAUAUUGUUCGAACACCUUCAGGGAAUAAUGCGCAUGAUACGUGCGUGAGAAAGUGCAAUGUUGUUAUGAAAGACACGUACCAUGUGACGUAUCAUUUUCCGAUGAUUAUCAUCUUCUUUCGUUACUGUGACGAAUAAUGACAAUGACAGUGAAACAGGAAACGAUACGUUCCUCCAAUUUGUGGAAUAAAUAUUAUGAAAAGAACAAUUAUUUAACGCCAAUCAGCGUGUCGCAAUCUCGCUAAAUAUCACGGAAGCAACAAUGGAUAUAAGAGAAAAGAUUUCUUUCAACUAUAUCACGUUAUUCUAUUUAUGGACUUAAUUUGACAGAGGUUUUAUAGAAGGCACCAAAGGAUUGUUGGGAAAGCGAUUUCCAACGAAAUGAGAAUUCGAUGCAUUAAAUGUUGCACAAAAGGUGACAAGCUUUUGCAAUUCUUUUGUUCUACAAAUGAAAUUUCUUUCAUUCUCCAAGGAGAAUAGAAUUUUGUCCAACCAAGAACCUACCGGUAAACUGUUUUACGAACGAUGCGACUCAUACCUUUUGCACUGUUUCUCUUUAUCAUUGAAACGCUUUUCUUUAUUACCGAUUCGAUGGAACGAUCCGACGAGUCUGAUUGUUUGGAAUCCUUUAAGCAAGAGAGAAAUACAGAACUGGUGCCAGAAGAGGAUGAACCACUUUUGAUAUUUUCCACAUUGGACGGUUUUCUUGUAGGUGUAGAGCAACGAUCGGGACAUAUACUUUGGCGACAGAGCGACGAGCCGAUCGUCAAAGUACCAAUCGAUAUCUCAAGAGCUUCCACCACACCAAUGUUUUUACCGGAUCCAAAAGACGGCUCCUUGUACAUAUUCGGUGCAGAAACUGAAGCUUUGAAGAAAUUACCAUUCACUAUUCCUCAGCUUGUAGCGAAUAGUCCUUGUCGUAGCAGCGACGGAAUAUUAUAUACGGGUAGAAAGGUAGACACGUGGUUCAGCGUCGAUCCUCGAACCGGACAAAGGGAGCAGCUGCUAGGAUUCGACAAAGUUAAAAACACAUGUCCUGUAGAGAUGCAGGAUAGUGUGUUCGUGGGGCGUACAGAAUACAAUAUUAUAAUGGUGGACAGCAAACGAAAAAACAGAAAAUGGAAUGUCACGUUCUACGACUACUCUGCCGCAAAGAUGGAACCCGAGGGAACAGAGAAUUAUGAUUUAGUUCAUUUUACAACAAGUUCGACUGGACGUAUCGUCACCGUGGAUAGAAGAUUGGGAAUUGUUCUUUGGGAAUUGGAUGUACAAAGUCCGGUAAUAGCGCUAUACAUAGUGAGAAAAGAUGGUUUGCUCACAGUUCCUUUUACCAGUGUCGCGGAUGGUACAUUGGACCUUCUGUUGAAACGUUUUGCAAGCAAACCAAGCGACAUUCAGUUGUUUCCAACAUUGUACAUUGGCCAACAUAGACACGGACUGUAUGCUCUGCCAUCGUUCGUCGACUCAACAACAGCCACGAUAUCGAGUAAUAUUGGACAGUUGUUGUUAGAGGGUCCGUUGCCGGUUUCGCAGUCUGGAAAGGUUAACAAUACCGUUCCAGUAUCGACUGGAAAUCAUACCUACGUGGACAGCAAUACCGAGAGUGUCGUCCAGACAGAAUAUCAAACAGUUAUCGCGCUAGGACAUUACGAGAUACCAGCAGAAUACGAGUUGCAAGAUCAACACCCUCUUCAGAUUACCGGUCGAUCCGAUCCUGUGAUCGAAACGUUACCGUCCUCCGCAGGAUACCCGAAUUCAACCAAAGAGUCGUUACUGUCGUUUGACUUUCAUACCGACGGUGGAUCCAGCGAAAGCGAAAGUGACACGCGUUGGCACGAAAUCGUACGGCACGCGUACAUUGCGAUAAGAAGCUGGUUUUAUCAGCAAGAGAAUAAAGGUCUAAAAUUGGCAUUGAUCGUGUUGCUGGGAUGCGUUUUGGCAAUGUUUUGCUACCUAAACGCACGAUUUAAAGAGUUCCAACAACUCUCACAGGGCUCUCGAGAAAGCAGUCGCACGAGCAACGAUUACUACCAUGGGAUACGAUCGAAUGCGCUCGCGGUACCGGAAGACAUGGGCGAAGGAGUGGUAAAAGUUGGGAAGAUUACAUUCGAUACCGGUCAAGUGUUGGGUAAAGGAUGCGAGGGAACUUUUGUGUACAGGGGGGAAUUUGAUGGCCGUUCCGUAGCGGUGAAACGUUUAUUACCGGACUGUUUUACAUUCGCUGACCGCGAAGUAGCACUGCUCCGGGAAUCGGACGCGCACGCAAACGUUGUACGGUACUUUUGUACCGAGCAAGAUCGAAUGUUUCGAUACAUUGCGUUGGAGUUGGCCGAGGCAACUUUGCAAGAUUACGUCGCGGGACUGUACGACAGAGGAAAGAUAUCCGCGAAAAGCAUUCUACGACAGGCCACGUCCGGAUUAGCUCACCUGCAUUGCCUCGACAUCGUACACAGGGACAUCAAACCGCACAACGUACUGUUGUCCGCACCGGGGCCACGGGGAGAAGUUCGAGCGAUGAUAUCCGAUUUUGGAUUGUGCAAGAAACUCCAACUGGGCCGUGUAUCUUUCUCGCGUAGAUCCGGUAUAACCGGCACCGACGGUUGGAUAGCGCCAGAAAUAUUAAACGGAAACAGAACGACGUGUGCCGUAGACAUCUUUUCUCUUGGCUGUGUAUUCUAUUACGUCCUCUCCGGUGGGAAACAUCCGUUCGGAGAUUCGUUGCGACGACAAGCCAAUAUUCUGUGCGGCGAGAGCGACUUGACAGCCCUUCGCGAAGAAAUUUCCGAAAGCGACAAGGAACUUGCGUUGGUACUGAUAAAGGCUAUGAUCGCCAACGACCCGUCGGAACGACCUCCGGUAACGGCUAUCCACGAACAUCCCAUAUUUUGGGAACCCUCGCGGAUACUCGCAUUCUUUCAGGAUGUAAGCGAUCGAGUGGAAAAGGAACAGAGCGACAGUGCAGCUUUGAUCGCAUUAGAAACCGACAAUCUCCGAAUCGUACACGGCGAUUGGAGAUUAUUCAUCGACGUGGAAGUUGCAGCCGAUCUUCGAAGAUAUAGAAGCUACCGCGGAGACAGUGUUCGAGAUCUUUUGAGAGCGUUGAGAAACAAGAAACAUCACUACAGAGAAUUGAGCCUGGCCGCUCAGGAAAACCUCGGAGAUGUUCCGGACAAAUUCACCGACUAUUGGCUUUCCAGAUUCCCCUGUUUGCUGCUGCACGUGUGGUGUGCCAUGCAAGCGUUUCGCGACGAGCCAACUUUUCGAGACUACUAUCACAUCGAUUACAAGUUUGCGAAUCAUAUUCAUAACGUAGAAUCUGCUGGAGACACGAAAACCCAGCCGUAUCUUACGAGUCAUGCGAUACCAACUACUACUCCUUGGAGGGUACGGGGCGAUAACAUCGAUUGGAGUCCAAACAGAACAAGAUAUCGCGGACACCGAAGGAAACAGGAGAAGAAGAAAAUGGAAAUACCACUCGUUUGGACUGUACCGUCGUCGUCGAGUUAACGAGUUAUUCGUCGUUCCCCUUUUUCUUUCUUUCUAAUUUCUUUUCCCUAUUUUUCUUCUCAUUUCGGACUGACUUUUCUCUUGUUCGGAGAGAAAAACAACACACAUGGUACGAAACGUGAUCGGAACAUGGAAACUCGACCGCGAAUUUCGACCGCGAAUUUCGACCGCGAAUUUCGAGUGGAGAUAGUCCUAAACGCGAUGCGGGAAAUUCAGAAUACUUGUAAAUAAUAAGCUAAAGUGAUUAGGAAUAUUUGUGAAAUAUCGCAUUUUACUAUAAAUAUACAGGCGCAAUAAAUCGGAACGUUGAUACUCUUCUAAGUACGAUUUCGCCCAAAGAUCACUUGGUCGUGCGCGUCUACGCGUACAUCUGUAGACAUCGGGAGUGUGCUACGAACCUACUUAGAAGGAAAAGAAAUGAUUCGCGGUAACAUAGUUUCAUCAGGUACAAGAGACACGGUGAUUAAGCGAAAACUUGCCGAUACAACGGUCCCGAAUAACGUAUCCUUUGGAGCACGCACGCGUUACUCUCCUAUUCGCAAUCGUUUCACGUUUCGUUAUGAUUCCAUGUUAUAUUCCGGGAGCACACGAAGGUCUGGACUAGACGAAAACGAGGAAGAAUAGCUGCGGCGGAUAAUAUGAUACACGCAUACAUACAACACGGGGAAAUACUGUUAGUGCUAAGUACGGUUUUUACACGGAACGAACGGUUACUCUCUUCCGAGGAUUGUUUCGUUUACUCGAGGCCGCACACAGAGACACGAUUGCGCGUGACGCGUGGCAAGGAAGAGCGCCGAGGAAGCCGUUCCAUCGUAAAGGUAGAAAUUUCCAUUGAAUUUACAUUAUAUUCGCGCGUCUCCUUUAACGAAGGGUAUUCUCCAAUUUUUCGUCCAUUUCAUUUCGAACUUUUGCUCGUUCCCCUUCCCUUCCCUUUCCUUUCUGAGGAAUUCAGGGUCAUUCCAGUACUGAACCUCGCCGCUCGCGUACAGCACGAAAAUAAUAUUUGUCAGGAUAAACACGACAAGGACGAUCCAAAAGACGAGUCUCCAUUCGUGGUAGGUGUCGUUCGGAGCCAACAGGGCGACGAUGUGCGGCGUGAGGAUACCGGUGAAAGCGCCUAUUCCAUUCACGAGAGCCAUCAAUGUGCCAGAGUAAUUGGGACUGAGAUCGAGCGCGUUAACCUUCAUUCCUGGAUAAAAGGUGCCUGGAAAAUGGAAAAAGAACGAGAGCAGUGCGCCGGGCCGAUCGAUCAACAGUGUCGAGGAGGCGAUCACAAGACCGGGGAGAAAAGAAAGAUCGUCUGUACAUACCCAUCAGAGUGGUGCCGAGGGUGAACAUUACGACGACGACUGUUCUGUCGCAUUCCGCGUAGGAGGCGGCGAUGAUAAACACUCCGGGGCCGAGCGAUGCGAUCGUGGUGCCCAGUUUGCGUACGUUGGUACGCGACAUCACGCCGUUCGUGAUCAUCCAAUCGGCUAGACAAGACGUGAUUACGCUGCAAAUCCACAUUGUGAGAUAGGGCAAGGCGGAGAGCAGCCCGUUGCUCUUGAUCGAGUAUUUGAGCACACUGCUCAUGUACUUGGGAAGAUCGUUGACCAAAGUGAAGAAACCCCAGUCGUGGCCAACCUGGGCUGCUAUCAAUGCCCAAAGUGGUACGGAUCGGAUAAUGUGCCUCCAUGGGACCGACGGUGGCUUUUUAUGCGUAUGCGCGUGCAUUUUCUCGCUCAAAAAGUUCUUCUCCUUCUGGGAGAUGAACGGAUGCGUGUCCGGAUUAUUGUAGCACGUUACCAGCCAUAUCAGAAACCAGAGUACUCCGAUGCUACCGAACACGUAAAACACAGCUGGCCAGCCCAUCGGUGAGUAGUAAAGAAUCAGUCCGGACAAUGAGUUCGCGAUUACCGUACCGAGCUGAGCACCCGCGAAUACCAACGAGCCGAUCACGGAUCUUUCUUCCGGCGGUGUCCACUGCGCGAGCAUCGCGUUCAAUGCCGGAAAAGUGGUACCCUCGCACAGACCCAUUAGUACGCGAAGAACAAUUAGACCCGUUGCUUCUCCAUACUCUACCACCACCGGCGUGAGCAGCGUGAACAAGGCGGUCGCCAGAAUUCCUAGGCCGAGGGCGUGUUUCCCACCGAAUUUCUCGGACAGCAUGCCACCCGGUAUAUGCGUGAUCACGUAUCCCCAGUAGAACGAUGACAAUAUCGUGCCCUGGCCAAACGAAACAUAAAGACUAAUCAAAUUCGAAACUAGCAACCUCUCGUCGACGCGUCGAAUGCCGCGCCGCGGUAUUAAACUACGGCAAUCCGAUUUGGUUGGCAUUCAGCGUGUCAACGGAAACAUUCCACGGGGUGGGGACGCGCGAAAUGUUGCUUUACCUGGGUCACAGCGUCCCAGUCGUAGAGCUUCGCAUCGGACGGGAUUGUUCGGUUGGGAUGCGAUCGCUCGUCGUCAAACUUAUCGCACGUGUGAUCAGCAGAUUCGUGCGCUGCAUCCGCCGGUUGCACCAUCUCGGUGAUCGUGAUCGAGAGGCAAACUCUCAUCGCGUAAGCGUUCAACAACGCCAAAAAUCCCAUUAUCGCAAACACCCAUCGUUGCGGUAUCCUAUUGCCUAGGUGAGAAACGGGUAUGCCGUUUAUUGGUAAUUGUAUCGACGAGUAGAGGCCCGUGCGCCAGGCAUCGCGCAACCCCGCCACCACUUGUAUCGCGGACGCAAAGAAGAAAGCCCGAGGUCAACGGCGCGGAAGGAAUGACGAUUAGCAGAGCCUUUCCCUAUUGGCAGCUGUCUAACGAACCGUACGCGAACCUAUCUAGGUAAAGGUCAGAUUCCUUGCACGUAACAGUGUGACUCGGGUGCAACGUGAUUUCGAUUUUGACUUUGAUUUUGAUUUCGACUCGGAUUUCGGCUCGCGUCCUCCGGAAAGGUAAACUCUCGAGCGAUAGAGUUCUCGGUACCGCGCGCACUAGACCGAACCCGAUCGAUUCGCGAUCCGAUCGCGAGCUAGGAAAACAGAGCUGGUCAAAGAAGACAAAUUUUGGUAACGAUCCUUGAGACGUAAAGGUCGCGUGUAUCGGAUAAGACCUCGAAAUGAUAAUUCGUGACGCGAAUGUAAAUAGUUAUCGAGGAACGGGGGACAGCCGAACGAAACGUGUGUUUCGUAAACGUCGAGCGCGGCUCACGGAGGCGCGCAAAACAUGCAUCCGAAACUUUGUUUCGAACACAACGAUAAUCGUGGUGUCGACUCGCGGGAUGCGCUUGGACUCGAAUCGGAUCAACUUCUAUCGGACACUGGAACGACCGUGGGAGCUAAAGUUUUCUAGCGGUAAACGAAACGGUCGAGCGACUCGAAAUCUGUGUUACUCGACUAGGUCGAAUCGCCGGAUAAAGGGGUCAUGUUGCAAACAGGGAAAACGAAGAAGAAACGAGAACCAGCGAGAAUAAAGGAGGAAAAGGACGAGGAAUGGAGAGGAAUAAAAAGGAAAAAGGAAAAGUUGAACGCACGGUGAAAAUAUGUGCGACACGAUAUGUCAUUGCUGCAAACUUAUCACACUUGUCGUUUCAUCGCAUAACACUUAAAUUUCAACUCCUCUAAGAAAUUAGGUUGAAGGUACGCGGCGUUCGAGUGGGACGAGCAUCGAUAUUCUCAUCCAUUAUCAUGGGACACGAGUGCGCGGCGGCUCUCGUCUUAAGGGAUUCAGAGAUCCUACUAUAGAAACCGAUUAAACGAUUAAACGAUUAAACGAUUAAACGAUUCAACGAUUAAACGACUUCGACGGUGGAAACUGCUCGUAUCGAAAAAGAGAGAGAACCCACGGAACGGACGUUCGAGGCGGGGACACGUGCAUCUUCCCUCCGGCUAUUCGAUCGUAUCACCGGCAAUUUAGUGAACGCAUACGUUUUUCACGUCUCUCGAACAAGCACCGGUAUGACACGCAGCAUCAGCAAGUUUAUCUUAUCUAUAGACGAUGUACGGGAAACCCAAAGAGGAGAAACCAAAAAUUGUUCGAAGAAAAUACUUUGGUUCGAUUGAACUGAUUACAUCGGCAGGCGGCCGAGUCGUUGAUUCGUUGCAAAGAUAAGGAGAAACUGAUGUUUAACUUGCGCCGAUAUUCAUAGGUACUCGGAGACAGUCUUAAUUCUUAUAAUCUUGGCUUACGGCUCGAGGCUCGAGGCUCGCGGCUUACGAUUACGAGCCACGAGUUGUUGCUUCUCCUCCUUUCAACGAAUCGCGUUCGUCUCGCAGCUGCAACGAUAACGUUCCCCAAAGAUCCCAUCGGUACUAUUUUUCGCGUUUCGAUGAUAUUUUAUAUUCAAUUUUCGUCGCGUCGGCGAGAAACGGCGAGAAACGGCGAGAAACGGCGAGGGACAACUCGAAAACAUUGAAACUCUCCGCUGGCGAGCAACGCGCGUACCGUUCCGAUAACGGUCAGAUUAUUGAAAAGAAUAAAGAUCGAGAGUAGCAGCAGAUGUUCCCGGCCUCGUUCUACUCGGACCGUUUACACAGUAUUUUUCUGUCAUAAAAUUGAAAGAUAUCGAAUCUUGUUUUUCACGAUUCAUCGACACCACGGCCACGAUUAUGAUGGUCUAGUCGAGUAUACCUAGUACGGUAUGGACAGAAAUAAAUGAUAUUAUUCAAAUUACGAAAGCCGUGAACUUGGGAAACUCGAAGCCGGUGUGUGAUACGUAUCGGUGCAUGAUUUAAGUUCCGUCAUUAUUUACAAUGCAAACAACCAUCGAGGGACGGCCUCGAUCCGAACGCGAUGGGAAUAUUAAUUUUUCACAGUACAUCUCGCAUUCGCGUUUCCGUUAAUUCGUUGCUCGCGUCGAUGCUUUUAUUUUUUCAUAAUCGACAAGCCCGACUGUAGGGCGCCGCAGUGCGUGGAAGAAUCGUGUUGGUUCGAUCACCUAUUAAAAACAUUGCAAUCGCAAUCGCAAUCGCAAUCCUAAUCGCAAUCCUAAUCGCAAUCCUAAUCGCAAUCCUAAUCCCAUCGAGUCGCGUUUC